CAAAGGCUAGCGCAUUCCAUUCGACUCCUCUCAAAGCGAGCCUUUGCUUCUGCGUCUGGUUUUUAGGAGUAAGAUGCUGAAGAGGUUGUCUGGAAGAAGGGUUGGUGUUACCAGCGGAAAAAAUAAGCAUAAAAAUGAGAAAAAAGGAAUGGAUGUUUUUGCCCGAAAGUCUUUGGAUGCUCACAACCGCUAUCGCGCGAUGCAUAAUGUGCCACCGCUGACCUGGUCAAACAGCAUCGCGCGAGAGGCUCAGAAGUGGGCGAACAAGUUGGCAAAGGAAGGCAAACUGAUUCAUGAUAAAUCCCGUUCAGGACAAGGAGAGAAUGUGUUCAUGAGCAGUGGAGCUAACUUUGAUGACGCAGGCGAGGCAGCGUGUGAAUCUUGGUAUCAGGAGGUCGAAAGGUAUAAUUUCCAGAGAGGUGGUCAUCAGUCGGGGACUGGACACUUCACCCAAGUAGUAUGGAAGAGCUCCGAGGAGCUGGGCGUGGCACGCGCCAAGAGCAAAAAGGGUGCGGUGUUCGUGGUGGCUCGGUACAGCCCUGGCGGUAAUGACCUGAAUGCUUUCAAUGAGAACAUUCUACCCAAGGUAUCGAAUGGCGUGAAAAACGGGGCAUAUGAAAAGGAAGUGACGAAAAAAUCGGAAGCAAUAAAGCAACCGGAAGUCAAGCAACCGGAGAAGGAAGCAAAUAGCGACUCAAAACAAGAGCCCAUGAAAGCUAUUGUCGGCAUGGGUCCUGUUCGAAUGGAUAUUAAGACUCUGGGAGCAUUACCAGUUGAUGAAGACACAAGGUCCCGUAUCCUCGAUAUCCACAACAACUACCGCGCCAUGCACAACGCAGCGCCACUACGAUGGUCAGCGGCCCUCGCCAAGGACGCGCAGGCGUGGGCAGGCAAGCUCGCGCGCGAGGGACGCCUGGAGCAUGCCAGUCGCGAGGAUCGCUACUACAAGGGUGAAAACAUUUGUCGCAUGUCACACCAUUUUGACAUCGGGGACGCUCUACAGAUCUGGUACAACGAGUCGGAGAGUUACCAAUACGAUAACCCGGGGUUUGCGCUCACUACCGGGCAUUUUACGCAGAUCGUAUGGCGGGGUACCAGGGAAGUUGGUGUAGGAUUUGCUAAAAGCCCGGAUGGCCGUCUGACGUAUGCGGUAGCUAGGUAUAACCCCCCGGGUAAUAUCUUAAAUAAGUUUGAGGAAAACGUACUACCGAAUGAGCUGGAGUAGGCACGUGGAGGCUACCGGAUAGCGGCAAAAACUUAUGAAGAUCAAUCCCGCAUAUUUGAUAAAACAUCCUUAUGCCGUGAGUAUAAAAGAGGUUAUUAAUAUGCUCUAAUGGAGCAUUUCCAAGACUUAUCUAUAUCAUGAGCAAUCAGAGAAAUACCCGGGGAAGGGAAAUUUCCAGAAAAGUAGACGGGGUCAUAUUUUUUAGGGUAGAAAAUCGACCAACUGCUUUCACUUAGGGAUUUUUCCGAUUCUGCUAGAGCAUUUCUCUUAGGUUAAAAAGACUUCUUCAACACACAAUUUCUAUCUUAUAGGGUUAAAAUUGAUUUUGCCGACGAUCACCCCAGUCUGUUUUUUUUUUUUAAUCGGAGUCCCUCCCCUCCCCAGGGAGAACUUGGCUCAGUAUCGCACAGCCUUGUAAUUCAAACCCACACCCGUUCGAGUCAAAGAACAUUUUUGAAAGAGAAAGUGUGAUCAGCACUUCACAGGGUCCUUAAAACACGGCCCACUUUUGAUAAGAACACUCCGCAGUUUAGUUUAUAUUGUAUGGUUAGAAAAACAUAUGAAAAAAAGGAGAAAAUAGUGGUUAGGGAUGGUGGCGUAAACUUUUGUGAAAAACAAAGUUAAAAAGAAAAAUAUAAAGAAAAUAUAAAAGAAAA